UCCCAAUGCAAUCGCUUUCGUUAUCACCGGUUAUAACAGUUUUAAACGACAGUUUGACUGCAAAUUACAAUACAAACGAUGGAAGACACUUGAAUGGCGGUGACAUCAGUGUUGUAGUCAUCUAUUUUGCACUCGUAUUGGCCACCGGCUUCUAUGCUAUGUAUAAAUCAAAUCGAGGAACUAUAAGCGGAUAUUUUCUGGCCGGAAGAUAUAUGGUUUGGCUUCCGGUUAAUCUAUAUUCGGGCGGUAUAUUCAUUCAGCAGGCGUUGGGUUGGGAUCUGUAUUUCAGUGUGAUUUUGUUAUUAGUGAUUACAUCUAUCUGUACAGUCACUGGUAUUAUAGAAGUGGGAGGUUUGGGUGGUUUGAGAGAGAAAUAUUUGAAAGCGAUUCCGGCGUCGAUUCCGUCCCAUAAGUACGAGUGUGCGAUCCCUAAAGAGCACUCUUUCCAAAUGCUCAGACCAUUGAACGAUCCGGACAUGCCUUGGCUCGGCUUCAUUCUCGGACAAACACCCGCUUCUAUUUGGUAUUGGUGCGCCGACCAAAUGAUGGUCCAAAGGCUAUUGGCGGCCAAAUCGUUAUCCCACGCACAGGGGGGCACUCUCUUUGCGGGAUUUCUUAAGAUAUUUCCACUAUUUUUGAUAAUAAUUCCCGGAAUGAUUAGUCGGGUAUUGUAUACCGAAGAGGUUGCCUGCGUUGACCCAAACAAGUGUAUGCAAUACUGCAAUAGUCCGGUCAGUUGUUACAAUACAGCGUAU